AUUUGUUUACGUUAGAUUAGUUUUUGUUGCCGGCUAAGAAAUAUUUAAUGCGCGCCGUUUCAGCAUUUCUAGUCAGUGCGAUGAGUAUGCAGCGCCAGCUUGAACAUUCAUUUUAUAUCUAAUUUAAUAGUAAAUAAUUUGUGGAUCCAGUACAAAAUACAACAAAGAAACGUAUAUACUCAGCAUGUUUGUCUUUUUGGCGCUCCUCGUCGCAGCAUUCGGACUGAUUGUGAUCGCCCUACACCGCCACUACACCUAUUGGCAGCGUCGUGGGGUGCCGCAGGUGCGUCCUCGUUAUGUGGUGGGCAAUAUAGAGCGCGCUGCCGGUGGUCAAGUGCAGCUGCGACAUUUUAACCAGCGGCUUUAUGAAACGUUUAAGAAGGGACGUCCCUUUGUCGGCAUGUACAUCUUCUUUACACGCGCCGCGCUCAUACUCGAUUUGGAUGUGAUUAAGGACAUAUGUAUAAGCAAGUUUUCGAAUUUCCAAGAUCGUGGCGUUUUCUCGAAUCCGCGCGAUGAUCCCUUGACUGGCCAUCUAUUUCGUUUAGAGGGAGCACAGUGGCGCGCCAUGCGCAAUAAACUCACACCCGUAUUCUCUUCGGGCAAUAUGAAAUUCAUGUUCCCCACCGUGGUGAAGGUGGGUAACGAAUUGGUACGCGCUUGCCAUCAGGCAAUCGGGGACAGCCGUCAACAGUGCGAGCUCGAGUUGAAGGAGCUUUGCGCGCGCUACACCACUGAUGUUAUCGGCACUUGUGCCUUCGGCAUUGAGUGCAAUAGUCUACUUGAUCCACAACCUGAGUUUAGGCGUCGUGGUCAUGCCGUUUUUACCGAACCACGACACUCGCAACUGGUGCAGACAUUCAUGUUGAUGAAUCCCGAUUGGGCACGUCGUUUGCGGCUGAAAUUCUUUCCGGAUCACAUCAUACAGUUCUAUAUAGAUGUGGUGCGUCAGACAGUGGAGCUACGACAGCGUGAGCAUAUCAAACGCAAUGAUUUCAUGGACUUGUUGAUCGGCUUGAAGGCGGAGGAUGAGCGCUUGGCUUUGAACAGCGAUGGUAUUGACCUAUCGCAAGGCUUGACCUUGCACCAAAUGGUGUCGCAGGCAUUUGUCUUCUUUGUAGCGGGCUUCGAUACAUCUUCAACAACCAUGUCGUUAUGCCUCUAUGAACUCGCGUUAAACAUGACCAAACAGGAACAGGUGCGUGCUGAAAUCGUGCGCGUACUAAAAGAGUACAACAACCAACUUACUUACGAAGCGUUGAACGAAAUGCAAUACCUCGACCAAGCAGUAGAUGAAACAUUACGCAAAUACCCUGUCGUACCAUAUCUCGUGCGCAAAGCCAAAGCAGACUACUUGGUGCCCAAUACGAACGAAGUCAUUGAGAAGGGAUGCCUGGUGGUAUUACCCGCGCACGCCAUUCAACAUGAUGAAGAACUUUACCCCGAGCCUGAUAAAUUCAAUCCGAACCGCUUCAAACCAGAACUAUGUCGUGAACGCCACGCUGCCGCUUAUAUGCCUUUCGGUAUAGGUCCACGCGCGUGUAUUGGAUUGCGUUUCGGCAAAAUGCAAGCUAAAAUUGGACUCAUUAAUUUACUAAAACACUUCAAAUUUAGAAGAUCCGCGAACACACAAGUGCCACUGCAAUUCAUCGAACGCAUAUUCCAAAUCACCCCAGCCAGUGGCAUAUACUUGAGCGUAGAGCCUGUGGACGGGGUGGAAGUGGCAGUUAUUAAGAAGCCAGAGUGCAAUCUCAUUCAGGGAACUGUGCAUUCAACUCGACGGCAGAGCGACAAUACUAGCGCUGAGCUCGCUAACACUGAGCUCAAAGCUAUUGCAUGGCCUCACUAGAAAUCAAGCCACAUCAUCAGACUGGUUUGGGUGCCUGGAAUCACUGCAUUACUGAAGCCGAAACGCUAGACAGAGGGGGCACCUAAGCCUCGCUCACAUUAAAAUAGGACCGUUCUGGAUCUCCAUUAGCAUCUGGAGAGUGACGUGAAAUUAUGCAGCAACUUUAGAGGAGCCAUUGCCCAUCAUUUGCAAGACUGGGGAUGAAACUUCUCGGCAGUCUUACCUUCGGCAAACCUGGAGGCAUUGCCGAAACUGACAUUUGCCGUCGCAACAAAUUUUUGUUAGGUUCGAAGCGCCUUGUCAAUGGUCUGUCAUAUAAGAACUUCAGGUAGCACAACGGAGCAGCUUUCUAUGCAGUCCAAGCGAGAUCUCUGUUCGGAUUGGCUUUUUAACUUAACCUAACCUAGUAUAAUACCAGAUAACUGAUUUUAUAUACAAAUGAUUUGGUGCGCGACUAUGAAAACUUACGAAAAUUUUCUAAAAAUGAAUUCUCAACGUCUUUUAAACAAAUAAAACAC